CACCCUCCUGUCUUCCUGCAGUAACUUCUCCUCUUCCUCUCGCCAAAAGGGAAAAAAAAAAAUCUCAUCUUCCUCGCUGGCAAAGAGAGGGAGAGGGCGAAGGGUUCAGUAGCUUCUUCCGCGCGCUUGUCUCCUUCCCGGCGGCGUCUUCUCCGGUCGUCCGGAAGAGGCCGUGGCACUCGAGGAAGUGCUCCAGGCAGGACACUCCAUGGAGAUCGACGCAAAAGGAAAGCGGCCCCGUGCAAGCAGCAGCAGCUUGACCGGCGGCGACUGGCUGAGCUCCCUGCCGGAUUGCCUCAUCCACCACAUCAUGUCCUUCAUGAAGGCCCGCCAGGUGGUGCAGACCUGCGUGCUGUCCACCAGGUGGAAGCACCUCUGGCGCUCCGUCCCCUGCCUUGACAUCGACCAAGACGAGUUCAAGACUGAUGAAGGCUCGGACCACGAUUGGGAUAAAUUUGAGGACUUCACCGACCACCUGCUUAUCCCUAAUAAUAUUUCCAUUGGGCUCUUGGAUACAUUCCGUCUGCAUGUUAGUGCCAUGUAUAAGGGUCCGCAGGCAACUAGAUGGAUCCGUCAUGGCAUAAAGUACAGUACCCAGGAAGCUGGCAUUCAGCGCAGGGGAUUGGGCUCUAGCUCCUGGCGGCUCAAAAGAUUGGAUCUUUCCAACGUACAUUUGAAUGACAGUUUCACAGAGCAUGUCAGUUCAGGGUGCCAAAAUUUGGAGUAUUUGGAACUGAAAAGUUGCACGUGUACGUUUCAUGAGAUCACCUCCCACUCACUGAAGAACUUAAUUCUGAAACAUUGCCGCUGCUAUGAACUUUCUGCUAUUACAUCGCCCAAACUGAAGAGCUUGAUUAUUAAUAUCUGGGGAAAUACAAGGCUGGUGGUCACUGCCCCUGCUGUUGCUUAUCUGCUCCUGGAAGUGGAAGCUCGUGUCUUAAACGACAGUGGUCUCUCAUUAGAGGAGAUGCCAUCUCUUGGCAAGGUCUCGAUUCAUCUAAGGAGGAAUAAUUAUGACGUAGAAAAUGUCAGCCAGGAACAACUCAAGCUUCUUUGCAGCGUGUCUAAUGUGAUGAGUUUGGUGUUGUCGGGUUUUGCGACAAUGGUGCUUGGUGAGGAUCCGGCAACUUUCCCGAAUUUCAGGAAUCUUAGGUCCUUAUUACUGCACAGCUGUGAUCUUAGUGAUAACUUCAAGACAUUGGAACAUUUUCUGAAGAAUUCACCAGAUCUGGAGAAGCUAACCCUUCGGUGUUGCAAGUUUUCAAAAGAUCUUAAGAAGAAAAAGGCCAAGUCAAAGAGGGCAUCUUCUUCCCAGUGUCUCAACUUGGUGGAUGUCAAGUGCAAGAAUCUCAAGCACACUGAAAUCAUAUAUAAAGAUGAUGAUAUCCGCCAGCUGGUUGAGCUUUUGUUGAGCAUUUCAUCGAAUCUGCCGAAGAAUAAUAUAAAACUUACCAAAGUUGACUAGUAUUAUCUUCAGUUCAGAUCUUCAUGUUCUGGUUCACUGAAUUUUGUAUGCUUGCCCUGCUGUAAUAGACUAGUGAGACCAUGUACCUUUGGCCUGUUCCAAGAUGAUUUAUGGGUUAGCUUUUGCUCUAUGGACUAUGGUAUUGAUUUUUAGCCGUUUCUCUA